UCUCGAUGUUAAAAAUAAAUUUUGAAAUUCAAAUUUCGGCUGACUUCAAUUUGAUCAAUUUUUUACGUUUUCAUAUUUGUAUUGUAAUUAAAAUUUUAAUUUAUGAUUAAUUAAUUAACUAAUUAAUUGAGAAUCUAGUGUUAUGUAAUUAAGUGUAAAAAAUUAUUUUUAAAUACAUUAUCAUAAUCCAUCGAAAAUCCGUAUAUUUUUUGUAUACAAAUUUAAACAUAUGAAAUAAUUUUUGUAAUAUUUUACAUCCAUAAAUGUAAAGAUGUAUGUUUUUAAACCAUACGCAUUUACUGAAAAUAACAAUAAUAAUAAUAACGAUAAUAUUGAAAACCCAAUUGGCAGAGUUUGUCCAAUAAUAAAUUGUAAUGAUAAAUAUUUAUAUUCAUAUUGUGGUUCAAGCGGUCAUGGUGGUAUUGAAUCAAGUAAUUCAUUAUUAGAAAACGACGAAAUAUGGAAACAAAAUCGUCCAUAUUUUCGUGAGCUAUGGAAGUAUAAUUUAUCAACACAACAAUGGCAACGUUUUAAUAAUCAAUUACAAUUGCCAACUAAAAAAAUAAUUAUAUUCGCAACGUACUUUACACACGAUAAAUUAAUUUUAUGUGGAAAUAAAAAUUUAUCAAACAAUAAUGAUAAUGAAAAUUAUGAUGAUAACAAUAAUAAUUAUCCGAUGUAUAUAUGUGAUUUAAUAACUGGUGAUAUUGAUGAAUAUAAUACAACAGGUUCAGUACCUCAAUUAGAUUAUCAUCAGAAUUUUAUACGUGAUAAUAAUUAUUUGUACACACUUGGUUCCGGUUAUUUUUUUGAUGUACACAGAAUCGAAAUUACAACACGUAAAUGGGAAUGUGUUUAUAGAUGUUGCCGUAAAAAUUUAUUAAACGAUCCACCGGUUAGAAUCGGGCUUACAUCUAUUAUUGAUGAUAAAAAAAUUUAUAUUUUUGGCGGCAUUACUGACUUUGAUUUAGAACCACCACUCAGGGAAAUUACGGUAUUUGAUAUCAAAUUGAAUUGUUGGAAUAUUUUACAAACAAUUGGCGAUGAUGAUAAUACACCAUCAUUUCCAACAGACAGAAGUUGUUCUAGUGUAGCACAUUAUAAAAAUUAUAAAAAUGGCGAAUCAAGUGUUAUUUUAUCGGGUGGUGGUAAAACAAAUAAAUUAUUAGAUGAUAUUUGGGAGCUUAAUUUAAAAACUUUACAGUGGAACUGUUUAAGUAAAUUUAAUGCUGUUUUACCACGCCCUGUUAGUAAUCACUCGAUGUCUGUUACACCCAGUGGUAAAUUGUAUUCAUUUGGUGGAUAUGUCAGAGAUUCUGAAAAAAAGGGUUCUUAAUGCCGAAAAAAUUUUGAAUUAUUAUUUAAAAUAUUAAGACGUAUCAAAAAUAAUAAUUUUAAGUACUAGUAAUAAAAUUUACUCUUAUGUAACUCAUGCAGAAGACUACGCUGCUAACCCGCUCAAGUCAACCUAAUAAAAUUUUAUAUUAAAAUACAAUCCUUUUUGAUUAGUCGAAAGAGUGGUUUAAUAUAUAUUAAAACACUCACUUUUCUUUUAAACCGCUGAAUUCGAGUGAAAUGGGAGGAACAUAUUCCUAAAUACUCAAUAAUUCAAGUCAAUAACUAAUCUAUCACCUUAUGAGCAUGUGUAAAUCAAGAAAACUUCAGCUAAAUUUGAUAACCUUAGAUAUCUCUAUUAAUUGAUACGACAUUACACCAAAGAUGACUUUUUUUUAUCAAGUUAAGUUUUAUAAGUGAAUAUAGUAUUAAAUAAAGUAUCCAAUUUUAUAAAGUAUAAGUUUUUUUAAAAAAUAAUAAAACUAUUUUAAACCAUACCUGCACCGAGAGUUUAAAUUCCAGCCCUGUUUAGAGGGAAGAAAGUCGUUCUUUUCUUUAAUGAGAAAAAAAAAUGAUCAGAACAUACGUCAUUCUUCCCGCAGAGGCAAAAAUUGAAAUUUUCAGGUACAGAUCUGGUGAAAAAUUGUAUUCAAACCAUGGAGAAAGGUAUGAUAUCCCAAUCCGCGUGUUUGCCACUUAUGCUCUAGUGACAUAAUAGAGUAUUAUACCGAUGACACAUGAUGUAUAAGAUACUAUUUAUUUCCUUUAUUGAAUUUAUAAUUAUAAAUUAAUUAUUAUUUAUUAGAUAAGGAAGAUUUAAAAAUUGAUCGGUUAUUUUAGAAUAUCAACAAAUAAUAAUAAAAUGCAAACAACAAUGGACACGAAUGCUCCGGAUACUUCAAACAAUUCAAUAAAAUUAAAAGAUAUUUACAACAAUGAAACACGUAAAGGCAUACUGCGAUAUUUAACUUAUUUAUGGAUUCGUUACAAUAAUAAAAACCGUGAUGAACAAAAAGCUAACGAAAAUAUAAAUUUACCAAUGGACAUUAGUUUCUAAUUGAAUAAUUAAUUACAUUAAAUAAAAAUAAAUUUAUAUACAAUUGUAUGAUUAUAAUAAAUAAAAUUUACUUACUGCUGUUGUUUAGAUAAUUAUUAAACAUAAUUAAAAAAUAAAUUAAGGUAAAAGUCCCUAUACCCGCUCACUUUUCAUUGAAGUGAGAUUAAAUCAUUCAAUACAAAUUAAUAAAUAAAAUGUAAA